AUGGAGAAGAUCUCAAUCACCAUCUGUGGAGAUGGCGGGUGCGGCAAAUCGUCCAUCACCCUGCGGCUGGUCCGUAGUCAAUGGGUGCACGAAUACGAUCCAACCAUCGAGGAUUCCUACUCGGUCACCCGUAACGUCGAUGGUCGCCCCUAUUUUCUGUCCAUUACCGACACCGCAGGUCAGGAAGAAUACCGUGGACUAUGGACGGCCUCUACGUUGAAAUCGGACGCGUUCCUCCUGGUCUACGAUAUCACCAACCCUGCAAGCCUCGAAACGCUCGAUCACUUCAUGGACAUGAUCCAUAUGGAAGCUGAACAACGUGUCGAAGACAACCAGCGAUUGCGCAAAGAGGGGAACGAUAUAGGCCUGGGUGGUAGGCCACCGCCAGUGAAGAUCGUCGCAGGCAACAAGUGUGAUCUCAAAGAGGGUCGAGUGGUAACCUCGCGAGACGGGCUCGCAUACGCACGCAAACACGGCUGUGGAUUUAUGGAAACCAGCGCGCGCGAGAUGGUCAACAUUGAAGAAACCUUUGCCCAUCUCGUCCGUCGCGUGGUCGAAGCCCGCCGAAUUCAAAAUAACGCGCUGCCUCGGGCCGAACCACGCACUCUCACUACCACUGCGCUGCCGCCAACCAGUUUAUAUGCCAACGACCCUCAAUCUCGACGAAGUCGCGCGUGGACGUGGAAAUUCAUCAAACCCCGGAAGAGAACGGAACCAGGUGAACAGGGUCAGGCACAUACCGGGGCA